GCCCGUCGUCUUUGCUACCGGAGCUAUCCACGAACCCGUCGACGCCCGGCCGAACCAUGUCGUUUGUUACUGUGCCGCAGGGAAGCGAUUUCCCGCUGGAGAACCUUCCGUACGGUGUGUUCAGCACCGCCGGCAACCCUACUGCCCGUAUUGGCGUGGCAAACGGUGAGCAGAUCCUUGACCUGUCCGCGGUGCUCAGCUUCUACCCGGAGCGAGUGCAGGGUGCGCUAAAGUCGACCGUCCUGAACGAUCUCAUGUCGCUCGGCUGGGAAGCGUGGGAUGAGGUGAGACGCACUACGAAGGAGCUGCAGGACUUUAUCGUACGCGCCUGGAGCACCCACAUCCUACCGUUCAACGAUCGGGCAGUGAUCGAGCAGGCGGGCCACAAUCUGGCCAUACGGUGCAUUGAACUGUUCGUUCAAAACCUUGCCACCAUUCGACCGAUUUCCUCCACCGGCAGACAGCGGCUCAAGGCCGACUGUCACCACCUGGAGGGUGCAUUGAAACCGAUCGUGCCCGAUCUUUCUUCGCUCGGGAAAAGCUUCCGGCUGCUGCGUGCAAUCGCUUCCCUGUUCACCGUGCCGCCGCAGGAGCUGGUGGAGCAGACGAGCGAAGAGGGUGGCGUGGUGCCGCCGUACAUCGUUCUGUUUAUGCUGUUCGGACACGCGGGAAACGAUAUGGCCAGCCCGCACGUUACUGCCGGCUGGGGCAACGAGAAGCUGCUCCAAUGGCUGGAAAGUCAUACGUCUGAGCGUGAACGGCUGGAGUUGAUUACCGGAGCGCUGCAGAAGUACCGCACGGUAGUGCGGCAGAAGAAUAUUACCCAGUACGAUCCUAUCUAUCCGAUCGUAACGAGCUAUUUGGAGAACGUGGUGAAGCAGUUACAUUAAGGGAGGAAUAAUAAACGUUGUAUGUAUUUUAUUUUAUUCAAUUA